GCGGUCCCGGAUCGUUAUAGAACCUCGACCUCGUCCCUAGGACCGACUGCUUUGUCCCCCCUUCCGCUCGUGCCAUCUGCACUGACCCUUCUCGGGUGCAUCUCAGGCUCAUUUCCGUUUGACUUUUCGGACGCUAGCUUCUAGGCUUGCUGUGACGACGACGACGUCUUAGACCUCGCCGUGAUACGUUUUGAUACGUGCUCUCAUAUAUACUGAACGCUCUGCGUCCCCUGCUGUAUCUCUACUCUCGACCCACUCUGUAAACGCGCCACACAAGAUGCGCAACCCGUUCAUUCUCUUGCGAUUCGUUCUUUUCUUCUUCCUACUGUACUUGAGCAUCCUCGCGCUUGGGUUCGCGUCAUGGAAUAUUGCAGCAGCGAAGAGGGCCUCUCUCAAUGAGAGCGGCGCACCUGUCUUCGUACUAUUCAACACUAUCCUGACUAUAAUAUACUUGCUCUUGGCCCUAGCAGAGCUAAUAUUCCCGUCUUUUUGGUCUCCGACGAUUAUGUUGGAGUGCGUGUGGGUAGCGGCCUUUGCGAUUAUGGAACUUGCUGCUGCGAUAGACAUCACGGUCAGCGGGCCGAUCAUUGCUUGCAGAGCGGAUGAUGCCAUGAGUGCAUGCGCCUCAUCGACUCUGCUGGUCGUCGUCACUUGGGUGACCAGCUCUCUUCUGUUGCUGUACCUCUUUGGUCUGAUCGGGAUUACGAUCAUGCACUCGAGCACACAAGCGGAUAUGUGGGGUGCUGCGAUCACUUCCGUCCCGUGGUUCGCUACUUCCCAAUCGCCGUCUUCGCCUCCUAGCUCCGGGAAGCAAUGGUUCUAUCCUAAAGAUCCUGAGCGACAGGACUUUGAAAGCCCGGUAUUCAAGGACGAUGAGUCCCUGUUCACGGCGUCGUCCAAAACGCAGUCGAUGUGGAAGCCUGCGGGCAUCAUCCGUCCUCCUUUCAAGGCUGUCUCCAUCUCCGCUCCGUUCAGCAAGAGUGUGGAGAGCUUGCGGCCGACAUGGGCGAAGGACGUGAAGCCCCGCCGCGGCGUCGACCCUCCCUUCCUCUCGCCGGGGAAAUCCCAGAAGAGCGCGCCGCGCCUGAAAUCGCACUGGAGCUCCUCCACUACGGUGUCGACGUACGCGCCUCCCGUGCUCCCACCGAAGACCCGCUCGCCUCUGGGCAGGCAGCGGCCCGGCGAGGUCGAGCUCGAGAUUCCGAGCCAGAUGAGUCUGCCUGUCAUCACGCCAUCGCCGAGCCGCCCCAUGUCGUAUGGGAUCUUCCCGGAGGACGUGCAGGACCCGGACAUGCCCAUCAAACCUUGCCACCGCUCGGAAUGGAUCAGGGCGGAUAGCGAAUCGCGCUAGACGCGACUGGAGCGCUCCGCCGACGUUAAUGCUGCGCAUGAACACGAGUAUACCACGACCGGACACUACUACUUGGGGCUUUGUUUAUUUGGCGUCAUUGACGAGCAUGUAUCAUAUAUUCCACUCUUUGUAGCCAGUAUCUGUACAUCCUAGAUAAAUGUAUAUUCACAACACACUGUUUAAUCUUCCGUAGAUGGAGGUUCCUCGUCUUGCGGCUGUGCAUGGACCUCGAGCUCGUGGAUGCGCAGACGCAGCUUUCGGUUCUCUUCACGGGUAUCAGCUAAUGCGACAAUCAUUCCUUCCAGCUCUCUCCUCGUUUCCUCCAACUGGCGCACAUUAUCCUCCUCGAGUUCGCCCGCACUAACAGCGAUACCUUUAA